GCUGCACCAUGGGCAAGACGUACUUCUGCGAUUACUGUGGCAGAUCCUUCCAAGAUAACCUUCACAACAGAAAGAAACACUUGCAGGGAGUUCAGCAUCAGAGGGCAAAGAAGUUCUGGUUCGAUUCGUUUCGAGAUAGUGCCACAAUCCUGGCAGAAGAACUUGCCAAAAAGCCUUGCAGAAAGUUUCUACAAUCAGGACAGUGUGAUUUUGGGGCUAAUUGCAAAUUUUCCCAUAUGACAGAUGAAGAUAUUCAGAAGUUGAGACAAAAGGUGGAAGAUGAAAAUAAAGUUGAACAAGAUGACAGGCCAGCUCCUAGCAUUGAUGAAUGGUUGGCUAAGCGAGCCAAACGAAAAGAAAACAAAUCACACACAAGUGAUCUGGAAGAGGAAAAAGACGAAGAUGCACCUGCUAUGUAUUGGCUACCUCCAGGAUAUCAUGCAGUCCAUGAGUUACCACCUUCUCUACAUCCACCACCUCCUGGAGGCUGGAAGACUGCACUGAAUGUUGAAUGGGGUUAACACACAAGGACAUGUGAACAAUACAAAAUCUUGAUUCGUGUUAUCUUAAAUGAUACACUUGGAAUUUGUAAGACUUCUGAAGAAGAUUUAUUUGCACAUGCAAAUAGCACUUGAGUUUCUGUGUCUUUUCUGGUUUGCUGCUUCAUUUUAUUGUAAUUAAUGAUUGCAAAGGAGCUGUUAAAAACAAUUAAUUUUUGAAGUAGAUCUACUAGAAAGACAAGUAUACAUUCAUCAGUUGAGACUGCCUGACAGUACUAAUUGUCUUCUUUAAAACUAGUGGUUGUAGAUAAAGAUUUCUCAAGCAGUAAAUUAUUGCACCAUCCUUUUUUUUCUGAGUUCUCCUGUUAGAUGUUAUAUAGAAGUGCCUAAAGUCUGCCUAGGCCAUAGAAAUGUAAGCUUCAUACUCUAGGUUCUAUUGAUUUUAUUCUAUUUGAAACAAUACUAAUGGUCUGUUUGCACAUGUAAUACGACUAUAAUAUUUAGUAACGGGAGUCCCUCAUUAAUCAACACUUGUGAUUGGCUAAAUAAUAAUAUAGCAACACUACUGAAUUUGAAAUGACAGAAAAAUGUUCAAAAGAGUGAAUGGUUUGAAAAUUAAAACCAUGAAGGGGUUGGCACUGAACAAGUACUGAUUGCUGUACAGUUCAAUUGACCCAGGUUUAAUCCUGAUUUUGGCCGUCUGUGAAGAGUUUGCAUGUUUUCUCCAGGAAUGCACAGAGCAUUUCCAUUUUCUUUUUUCUUCACCCACCCAGGGUGAUCUAGUUUCAUCCAACUUCUCACAGAUUUGCUGGAUGGCUACUAUAACCCACCUCCAGUGUCGGUUGAUUGCAGAAAAAGUGUGAGAGAAUAAGUGGGCGUGUGAGACCAUAUGCAUAUUGAUUGAAACUUUUUUUAUUGAAUUGCAAAUUGCAUCAGGAGCCUAGGCUUGUGGCUCUUCUGCCUGAACUAUUGCAACCACACCCCUACAUUCUGAUUGUGAGGGUUUGCACAAUUUACCAUUGGUAGAAAGAAGAUUUCGCUGACAUUUUCAACUAGAUAAGCAUUAUAUUCAUUUUGGGAGGGUUCAUCUAUUUUUGUUUCAAAAGGACUUUGAGGCAAACUGAUAAUUAAAUUUCCACGUAUUUGUUCCGAUUUACCAAUGAGCAGCUAUUGUUUAUUUAUAUUGUGAAUUGGUAGAUGUACAAACUGGGCAGGAUUAGGCAUCUUGAUCCUUUGAGCCUGCUACUCCAUUUAAUAAAAUUAACUAUACAUC